AUGCAACUAAAGAUUGUCGUACCGAAAAGACAACACGCUGAUAAAGCCAGCAUUCUCAAAGAGCCGGAAAAUGUCGAGAAUCGAGAUCUCGUGUUUUUCGAUGAGCGACUAGAGGCCUACGUCAUAGCGUCCAAUGUUGCUUCGGACUCCAGCCUCACUCUCAGAGCACGAAUAUCAUCCUCGGAGAAAAUGGCAGUAAAAAGUGACUCGAAUGGCUACUACACUGAUGCCUUUGCAAGCUGGGACCUACAAGAGAAAGCGGUGGUUGCCGAGGAGAACAACACCAAAAUGUGGGAGAUUGAAGUUCCAAUCGCAUAUCCUCGGACUCAAUUGAAAGACCCCUAUUUGAUUCUAGAAUGUGAGUCCGUGCAACCAGCAUCGAAAACUGAAAAAGCCGUGCAGCACCCUGCUGAUGAAGUGUUGAAAAAUUUCAUGCCAGCUUCAGAGAGGGACAACCACCAAAACAGAUCCAAAGAAGGUGCAGAGGUUGUGAGGAGUGAAAAUGUUCCGCGCGAUGAAGCAGUUUCAAUCGUUGCCAGUGUCAAUUUCCCCAUUGUACCCGCUUUGGUUAUGAAAAUGAAGUCGACUAAACCCGCGGGGAGAAACGAUAUGCUACUAGCCGCAAUCAACAUUGAGUGCUCUGAAGACUUACGCAGUGCAACUGAGGGUGAUGUGCAUGUCGAGAUUGUGGACCUCACAGCUUCAUUCGAGCUAGGACAAGCAGAACCGGUGAGGGUGCCGCCAAAACGCAUGAGCUCGAAUGAUUCCCUCAAUUCGAUAUACAAGUUCACAAUCAAUGACCACACGAGUCGAGACCUAUACAAGCGUGUACUGAUCUGUCUCAAGGCUAGGAUUCAGAAACUCAGCGGCGAGCAGCAGUACCAGGACAUAACAAACACGAUACAAACAGAAUGGGCGCCGUAUUUGGACUUUGGGCUCGCUGCGCCUCCAAUCAACCAUGCACUUCGAACAAACUACCAAAGUUCGGUCGACUCCCAGAACAAUCUCCCCCACGCGCCAAUGCUUCGGCAAAAGGCCAUAAAUCACAGCAUAUACAAGGCAAAGGGGGCAAACGGUUCAUCUGCUUUUAGCACAAACAACUUGGUACUGGGGAACCCAAUUACAAGACGCAUCAGGCUGAGUGCAACUAGACAACCGUCCGCGGUGACGAUAAGCUUAUCGGGUAAUGUCAACUCGUCCUUGACUGGCUUGAGGCUCACGUUUAUCGGGAAACUCGAAAUAGGCUUGGGCCAAGUGAUGAACUGGAAAAUACAAGCUAUUAAUGACUCGCCGCACCGAUUGAACCUAUCGCUAAUUGUACGCGAUCCGGUGAAUUUGGACCUUGCAUAUGCUGCAGAUUCUCAAACCAAUGCCGCCAAAUCGUAUCGAGAAGAAGCAGGCAUCAUUUUUUUGAACAAUGACAUCAGGAUCGGUCCGAUGGAUCCGCACCUGGUUUUCGAAACGGGGAUGGAACUCGUUGGCAACAAACGGGGUGUUUUCAAUCUUGAUGGGCUUAAGAUAUUUGACAUCAACACGGGAGAUGGAUUGGAUAUUGGGAAAUUACUCGAAGUGUUUGUCGUUUAG